AUUGGAAAUCUUUUGUGUGAAGUUACAUUUAGUCAUGUCUUCCUCUUUGAAAUCGAGACUCUUACGUCACGCGUAGUUACUCCAAGCCAAAAAAGAAAAGGGGUCAAAAUAUUUGUUCAAUCAUGGGUCUUCUAGAUUUAUUACGUAAAAUGAAAUCCGGAAAUGACAAAGAAUUACGGAUAUUACUUUUAGGACUAGAUAAUGCAGGGAAAACAACAAUUUUAAAAUCAUUAGCAUCAGAAGAUAUUAGUCAUAUAACACCAACACAGGGAUUUAAUAUAAAAUCAGUUCAGUCACCAGGAUUCAAACUUAAUGUCUGGGAUAUUGGAGGACAAAGAAGAAUUCGACCAUACUGGAAAAAUUACUUUGAAAAUACAGAUUUACUUAUAUAUGUGAUUGAUAGUGCAGAUCAAAAAAGAUUUGAAGAAACAAGUUUGGAAUUAACAGAACUUUUAGAGGAAGAUAAGUUAAUGGGAGCACCACUUUUAGUGUUUGCCAACAAACAAGAUUUAUUAUCUGCAGCACCAGCAGAUGAAGUAGCUAAAGGUCUGGGGUUAGAUGCAAUUAGGGAUAGAAAAUGGCAGAUCCAAGCUUGUUCAGCUCUCACAAAUGAAGGAGUCAAGGAAGGAUUAGACUGGAUUGCAAAAACAUGUAAGAAGAAAUGACGAGACUGAUGGUGUAGUAGUGUGAUAAAUUCCGAAAAUCCAACAUGGAAGGCGUCAACAUUUACAAAAUCUCUUUGAUGGUGACAGGAACAACAUCUUUAUUUAUUAUCAUUGUAUAAGAACAUAGUAUGCAAUUAAUAUUCUUCUUUACAAGUUUUCCUCUACAAUAUUAUGGUUUUUAACAAGAAACAAUAAACAAUGUUUAUUUCUAUGUUUAAGUGAAAAAGUAGUUUUAAUUCUUGGCAGAUGAUCCCUUUUGAAUAUUUAAGAAGAUUGCUACAAAAGUUUUUUUUAUGUGAACUUGAUUAUAACAACUUAUCCAUGAUAAGAAUAUGUGUAUUUUUCUCAUCAGCAUGAUUUAGUUAUUUGUUAUUGUGGGGAUUACAUAUUAUUAAUAUUUAAAGCCAAUUUGUUAUAUGUACAUAUAUAUGUAUUUUUUGUUAACAUAAAUUCCCAUCAAAUUUAUAAGUGCUCUCUCUUUUUACUCGUCAAGUUUUUAUUAUUAACUUUCCUCUGCCUUAUAAACCUGUCAAGAUAAGUAACUAUUUCAUACUAAUACUGGUAUCGGCCAUCACAUUAUUAUUAUUUAUCAACCUACCAUUAAUGAGUUAUUCCUUUGCUUCCUAAGUUGCCUUUUUACAGAUUAGAUAUUUUAAAUGCCUUGGGUUGUGCUCAAAUAUGAUGUUGUCUUUUCAUCUGCAAAAGAUGGUGAGAUGGAGUUGUUUCAUCUCUUUCAACACACACUUUUCAGAAAUAUACUUCAGUUGAUGAAAAAGUUGAAAUUUGAGAAUAUGAUAACUGUAUUUACCACCCUCACCUCCCUGUUAAUUGAUGAUUACAGGAACAUGUAGUGCUACCUAGUUGUCUUGGUUUUUUUUUUUUUAUGAAAUUUAGAAAUUCCGCUGAGAUUGUAAUUGUGAUUGUCCUUGCUUCAUAACGUAAAAGAUAAAUUUACAUUAUUCUUUUAUCUUACUAAAUUAUCUGAAUAACCUCCUCUUUCGAUCAAAGAUUUAAAAUUUUAAAUCAAAAUCAAAAAAUUUGAAGACUAGAAAUGAAGUGUUUGGACCAUGAAAUCACCAGUUAUUUUGAUUCUUUUUCACAGUCUGGUUUCAUUUACUAAAUAUUUCAUUUUAAGCUUACUUGCAAACUUUCUAUCAACAUUGAGACAAAAUCAAGAAAGGCGAUUGCUAUGUGAGUGUUUGCGAAUUAAGCACCUGAAUUUAACAGAUGCAUGUAUGGUUCUGACUGCAUGCAUUUAUAAAAGCACAUAUCAAAUAGCAUUCCGUCCAUUUUUUUUAUUUUUUCAGUAAAAUAAAUAAAUGAAUAACUUUUUAAAAUAAUAUUUAAUAUCACACUCAUAUUCAUCUUAAAACUGUCAUUAAAAUGCAGAACAAGAUUUAAUGAUAGAUAAUUUAUAUUGUAAAUAUAUAAGUAUCUGGUUGAAUUUGGUGCACAUAAAGGUGAAUGGGAUUAAAAGUUUGUUCUUUAACUCUUUGUUAUAUAAUCUUAAAUCUAAAAAAAAUAUCACCACUUCAUGACACCACUAUUAAAUGCACUGAUAUUUUCAGAACUCUAGAAGGAUUAUACUAAAAAGUCUUUUAGAAAAGUUCUCUAUGUUAAUUUUUUCUCUAAAGUGUGGUUAACUGAAGUUGUAAAUAAUUAUUAUUUUUUAAUUGUUCCAUUAUGUUAGAUAUAUCAUUUUAACACAGCAUUAUAUUUUGUAACAUAUAGUGCAUUUUUUCUUCUUCAAUUUAUGGUAAUAAUAUGGAAAUGGAAAAAAAUCAUAUUUUUCAUUUCUUCUGAACAGGUUUCUUUUGAUGUUUAAAGUUUCGAAACUGACCUAAAAUAUAUAUUUAAAUUUAUGUUAAUUGCCUAUUAAUAGGCAAACUAGUAUGUGUAACAUUCCUACUUGAACUUUUCUCCGAUUGCCUUUACUUAAUUAAAAGAAAUGACUUUUAUAUGUUAAACCAUUAUUUUUUUUAUGUACAUAAUUUGAAAUGAUGGUUGAUCUUGUUAUUGUUUAUUGCAUAUUCAAGUAAUGUAAGGUUGUGAAAUCUCCAUAUUUCUGAAUGUUCACAUUUGCUAAACCAUUUUAUGUAUCAAUUUCUUAGAAAGAAAGACUUAGUCUAGUUAAUUCAUUUCAAUGACGGGUGUAGUUGACAGUAGUUACUUCCAUUUUAGUUUUAUUCUGUGAUGUCAUAUAAAAUCAAGCUAAUCAGAAUUACUCUCAAGUACUUGAAACCUGUUUGCUUAAAUUAAAAAUACUAUUUUGUCUGUCUGUUUACCAGUGAAUCUUAUAUUAGAUAUAGGGAGCUAUUAACUUAGUUAAGAAUAUUUAAGCUAUCUUUAUUUUUAGCCUACUGAUAAGUAAAACAUCUUUACUAUUAAUUUGUAAAGGAAGCUUGUAUAAGAUCUGUACUUAGGAAUUGUGUAGUGUUGUAAAUGUUCCGUCCAAAGUUUUUGUACAUCACUUUAUAUGUGAAGAUCUGUUUCAAAAUCAUGUAUCACUGAUAAUUAAAAUCCAUUUUGUA